AUGAGUAGAUCAACAAGAGACAUUGGUGGCAGAUUGAAGAAGACGGGCGUGACAGAGAUCAAGAUAACAGGCAACUACACCAGAGCAGACAUCGAACGAAUCGCACAACGAGACAGCAACACACUCCAACGCUACGGCGCCAACGCAAGGAUAGAGGUCGUGCUCGACUACGGCAAUCAUCAAUUUCGAUCAGGUAAGUUCACCAAGGGCAAAGCAGGCGGCUGCGAUAUAAAGGACGACCUUGCUACCAUCAAACGUGUUCACACUGAUGGAUUCGUCUCGACCAUACCAUGGACUGUCAAUACUGACAAGAAGUCAUUGGACCCCAAGUUGGACUACGACAAUCGACAGGAGUGGCAGCAACAACAACAACAAAAAGACAUACAUACAGUUGGCUGUUCAAAGUUGAGUUGCAGCAGUUUAAGAUACUGCAGCAAGAGGUGGUGCUGA